AUGGACCAGCUCGAAGAUGAGCUGGAUCUGCGCUACCACAAGGGCCUCGAUCCCGACGUCUACUAUCGUUGUCCAACCCUUGAAUCCCUCGCAGGAGCGCUACGCAACGAAGUAGACAAAAAUGCUUCCAGCUUCAUUCCCACUCAUGUCGUCACCGAGUUUGUCUUUGCACCUGCUUCGACCAUCACAAUACCCGUGACCCAGCAACCCAAUCUUGAUAUUCUGAUAGAACCAGCCGACCAUCUCCAAACCAUUGCCGUUGAGCAUGCACUAUGCAAGGACAUCCAUGGCAAACAACGCCUUCAGGUGCAGCGGGCGAUUGCGAGAGCCAUCAUGGCAACUGUUCAGGAAACAGAUAGCUUUGCCUACUCUGAGCGCUCAGCUCUCAACAAAGAUGGCGGUGAUGGCGUGAGGUUCAGGUAUGUCUGCUUAGACAGCAUGCAGAACAGAUAUCGCAAAAGCAACAAGAAGAAAGACAUGUCACAUGACUCUGAUGGAAGUGAUGUUGAGCCUGGAAAAAACAGCAAUGGCGCAUUGCCAACCUAUGACUGCGGCGGAGCAGUACAUAUCAAAUUCUCCCUUAAGCGAGAAGCGAUAAACGUUGUAUACAAGCAUAACCCUAUACACACCGCACGCCCAGCCAGCGACAGCCCACUUGCGCCAGCCGUGGGUCAUAACGUCGCGCCUCCAGCUGGAAGCGCACAUGAAAAGCCGCCACGAAAAAAAAGACGUGGUAAAGAAGCCGAGGCUGGUGUAGAAAACGAACACCGAAAUACUGAGCCUGGAAUAUCAACUUCUCCAAUAUACCCAAGACCAUCGGCAAAGAAGCGCAAAAAGGAAGGUGCUGUCGUGUUGACUAAGCCUACCUCCCCCAAGCAAAGCAAAAAGGCGAAAUCGCUCACGGCACCUGUCAGACCUCGAAAGAACAUUGCUGUCAACGAAGAAUCAAGGCCACCAUUGCCAGUUCCGGACAAGGCGUGCAUUCGCUGUCAUGAAAAGAAGAUCAAGUGCGACAAGGCGCAGCCUGCUUGCGAUCAAUGUCGAAGAGGUCUCUGGACAUGUCAGUACGGCGUCUUGGCUCCGAAGAAGCAGCGAACAAAGAAUGGGUGUCUUCCCUGCAAGGAGCGAAGACGCAAGUGCACAGAAGAAAACCCAUCAUGUGCAUAUUGUCUGCGUACAGACAGCCACUGUGAGUACGCAGCUUACUCAUCCGUUCGCUGA